GAUGUGUAAUGGAAUAUUUAGUUUAUUACUGGUUGUGUAGUCAGUAAAUACUACAUACUUUUAUUAUUAAAUUGCUAUCAGCAACAAAUAGGCUCGCGUCACAUAUUGUUAUGUACCAAGAAAGAUGUUUGUAAUAAUGUUACACUUCGAAAACAUAAUUAAGGCCAAAUAAUAAGUUAUUGACACCAAAAUGAAACAUGAAUUAAUUUGAUAACAAAUUAAGAUGAUAGAUAAUAUUUACGUAUGAAUCUAAAAAUAAUAUCAUGAUAAGUAAUAUUUUGAUAAGGUUUUUUCGUCACGUGUUAGGUAUGUAAUAUAUGUAUGAGACUCACAAUUUAAGAGGAUCAUGCGCUGGUAUCACGUUUGUAACUUGAAAACUCAAAAUGUUUUUAGGUAUUUUUUUUUGUUGCAAGUUCUGUGGUAGGAGGGAUUUUGUUUUUAAGCCUACUAUCAGGUGGCUUAAAAAAUUAUCAGACCUGUUUGUAUACAUGAAGAAUAGGAAAGGCAUUCUCACUUUUCCGGUUAGGCCUUAGGUAUAAUGCCUAGAAUUUUGUAAAAAAAAUAGGUUCGUUUCAAAUGAUAUUAAGUAUUCACUUAUGUUUUUAAAGAGCAAAUGCUUAUCUUUCAUACAUACGGCAAAUAACAUGUACACCAAUUUGUGCGUGUAAUAUGAUUGUGGAACUCCACUAUACAAGAAUUACAUUUCUCAGUGCCGUGCCGUUAGACUUUCUACUUUAUUAGUUCACCUCAAUCCCGUAACAUUGAAUGUCGACCCCAAAAAUAUUUAGGCAGACAUGUAGACAAAUAAUAAGUUUUGGUGUCCCGAGUCUGUGUGAGUAGGUUAAUUAUAAAUCCAGAAAAACAAAACACAAAUAAGAGGUUAGUUUAUUUUUCCGUCAUUCUUUACUUUCACCAUUCUAUAGAAAUGAGCAAUUAAUAUAAACAACAAUAUGUACAGAAAGCCGCAGGAAAUAAGGUGUCAACAUUAUUUGUCUACUGUCGGUCUAAUCUUCUUCGUGAUGUAAGUAAACGAAUCGCGCUUAUGUUAACAACGUUGUAUGCCGUCAUUCUUAUUUGUUGGGGGAAACACAAGAGCGACAUUCGCGAGAAAACCCUCAUGAGAUAAACGAGAAGUGAAAACGAAAUUAAACGAUUAAAUGCCAUUAUUAAAAUUAAAUUUAUGAAGAUGGCCUUCGAAAUAUUCGACCCUAGAGGAUUUUUAUUUCUAGUACUAUUCGCUAUACCGAUGGUAGCAUCAAGGAAUAUCGACUGCCACGGCAGAGGGUUUCACUGCGUAAACUCCACGCAUUUCAUGAUAUGCGUCGAUUUGGGCAUCGGGAUAUCAACAACUAUCGACGACUUUAUUAUACCCUGUCCACUCACAACAGUCUGCGAUAUAAGUAAUAUUUUCGAGUGUGAAUUCCCUAAGUAUGAGGCAACUGUGCCUCCACUUCAAGUUAUUGGUGUGACUGAACGAAGUGUUACAAGUGAAGCAACUGUAGUGAGUACUAGUGCGACAUCAGUGCCCUUGGUUGAAGUGUCAAGUGUAACAAACAAACCUGUUAGUAUUUCAUCGAUACCUGAAGAAGUAACGCCCGCUCCAGAGUUAGAGGUUCUAAGAAGCUUAAAUGAUUUUAAAGAAGCUUACAACGAAACAAGUACAACAGCAGAGGUAACAGUACAAACCACACCUAGUUCCGUAUUAAGUGAAAAAGCGACGGUUGGUAGUGUAGCAACUAUUCCUGACACUGUCAAUAGCAAUAGUGACUCCAAGGCAGAAACCACGUUCGACACAGCAGUGACAGUAUCUAUAUCCAAUAAUACGACGACUUUUGCCAAUGAAAUUUUAGAUUCAACAUUAAGUACUCCUGCACCAACGGUGAAUGCAGGCUCAGCAGUCGAUAACUCAUAUCGGACAGAUAAUAGUACAAUUAAUCAAAAUAGUGAUAAUAAUGCACUACAUCAAAAUGACACAGGAUUAAAACUAAUUGGCGAAUCUACGACAACUGAAAAAAUUGAAAUGUCCAGCAUGACUGAAACUAAAUCACGAUGA